GUUAUCCGUCGGAUGAGUAUGUAGUCAACCUCGAACUGUCCAAACCAAAAGCGAAAAGUUUGGAUUAAGAAGGAAAAAAGUCAGUUGAAUCCGUCGUGUUGGGGGACAAAAAAAUCAAUCGGCUGGACACGCGUGUGGGGUUUUUGUUCCGUUCAAAGUUUGCCGUUCUUGUGACCUCUUGUGGAAAAAUUCAAACUGAUUAGCACCAGCCAGCAACCAGGUAGGAUUCCUUGAUGGACACCGCGAUCCGCUAAUUCUAGCAACGAUCGACGACAUCGACGGGCGCUACGAAAAAAAGCGUUAAAAAUUACAACAAGCUUAGACGUCGUCGGCUUCAACGACGCCAUUCGGAAGUAAACGAGCUGCAAGUUAUUUCAUUCCUAAAUAUGUGAAUGCGUCCCCCAGUUCCAGUGUGCUAACUGCUAGCGGGAUUCUCCAUUAAAAGUACUUACAGCAGUGAUAACGAAUCCUCCCGCUAGCCAAAGCAGCAGCAUUGCGCAUAUGCGUAGGUGUUUAGGCGAAGAGCAGUGCAAGAGAGAAAAAAAUACGGGUGAAGAAACCUCGCCCAAGGCUAAGAAACCGGUGAGAACCGAUCGAUGCCCGUAGUGUUUGGCGCAAACUGACGACGACGGCCAAGUGCAAACGAUUCAACAGUUCCGUUUUUUUUUUGUGAUAUCUGUGUAUUUAUUUAUUUUAAUGUUGUUUUUACGAAAGAACGAAAUCCUUCGCGAAAAGAUUCGCCAGCAUCGAUAUAUUCAGUGAAGCAUUGUUGAUAGCAAAAAAAUCUUAGCAAAAUGGUUUUAAAUCCCGUUGUGACCGUCAUCAAGGCGGCAGAUCGAAUACCAACCCGCUUUAAUGUCGGCAUGAUGCUGUUCAUGUCCUGCUUCGUGAGCUACAUGCUCCGAGUAAACAUGUCCGUGAACAUCUUGGCCAUGGUCAAUCCUACCAAGAACCUGCAACCGAAAGCCGGUGCCCUGGUCGCAGGUCCAAUCAGCUACGGUAACGGAACCAGUGAUGGAAAUGAAACGGUUGUCCUUUCCCCAAAACCAAUCACCGAAGAAAAUAUGGAUUACGGCCCACGCUACAACUGGUCACAGCACGAUCAGAGCAUCAUUUUGGGGGCCUACUUCUACGGCUAUCUGGUGACAUCGUUGCCGGGUGGAGUCCUGGCGGAGAAGUUUGGAGGCCGGACAGUGGUCGGAUUGACACAUGCCGUCAGUGCCCUGGUAACGGCCCUGACCCCUCUGGCCGCCAACUAUGGAAUGUGGGCUGUGGUGAUAAACCGAGCCUUGCUGGGGAUCUGUGGGGGCCUCUUGUAUCCCGCUCUACACUGCUUGAUUUCGAAAUGGGCUCCUCCCAACGAGAAGGGAAAAUUUGUUUCCACCCUGAUGGGAGGGACUUUUGGAACCGUUGUGACCUGGCCGCUGGUCGGCAUUCUCAUAGAAUCUCUCGGAUGGGCAUUUGCUUUCUACGUUCCGGCCGUUAUUGCCGCAUUGGUUGCGGCCUUUUGGAUGAUCAUCGUUGCCGACACUCCGGACAAACAUCCGCGAAUUCGAAAGGAGGAACAAGACUUUAUCGUCAAAUCCCUAGGCGAUUCCAUUUCCAAACAGAAACUUCUUCCCCCGAUCGCUAAAAUGAUGACCUCCCCACCAUUCCUGGCUCUCUUGGUGCUGCAUUUCGGAAACCUCUGGGGUCUCUACUUUUUGCUAACUGCGGCUCCCAAAUUCAUGAGCGAGGUUCUCGGAUUCAAACUGGCCAAAGCAGGUUUCCUAGCGGCGCUUCCAUACCUGGCACGUGCACUGGCGGCAUUUGGAUUCGGCACCAUCGGAGACUGCCUCAGGAAGAAGUCGUUCUUCUCGGUGACGGCGAUGCGCAAAUCGUUCUGUCUGUUUUCUCACAUAAUCCCUGGGUUGUUCCUCGUGGGCCUCAUCUAUGCCGGGUUCGAUCCGUACGUUUGCGUCGCCAUCAUCACCCUGUCAUUGGGCUUCAACGGAGCGUCCACGAUGACCAAUUUGCAGAACUCGCAAGAUCUGGCGCCAAACUUUGCCGGCACCUUGUACGGAGUGAUCAACUUUGUCGGAACCACGAGCGGUUUCAUUUCGCCAAUGUUGGUGGCCCAUUUCACUGCCGAACGAAGCACCAUGGACGAAUGGCAGUACAUUUUCGGAAUCGGUGCCGCGGCCUACAUCCUACCGGCCUUGGUCUUCGUGAUAUUCGGUUCCGGAGCCGUUCAGAAGUGGAACGAACCGGAUCAACAUGGACGCAGCCAGCAGCAACAACCUGAGGCCAGUGCCAAACAAGGACAGGCGUCUUUCUGAAACCAUCCUCUCAUCUCUCCUCCUAAGAAAAUCGCCAGUGUUAAACCACGCGACAACCUGAUGCGGUUGUCAAUCUGUUGUAAAUAGAUCGUGUCCAUAUUUGCACAAAUUAAAAAAAAGUGCAACGUUAGGAAAUAAAAAAGUAAACACAUAUCUCUCCGUCCGAACGAAUCUCAUAACCCCAAGUGCAAAGUGAUAGCAAAGUUGUUAAACGAGCACCAACAAGAAGUAUUAUUAGCCAGAGCCUUAGCUAGGGACUUAUAAGUAUCCUUAAUUGGUAUAUAAUUUACUACCAUAUGUACAAAUCGGACACACAAACACCCAUAAAUUAUGUAAUUAAAAAGGCCGCGAGCCGGCCUAGCCAGCAUACAUAAAGUCCUACGAUAAAGUAGAACAAGUGCUAUGGUGAUAGCAUUUUUCUAGCGAAAACUCUGAUGUGUAAAUCCUAUGCUUAUGCCGUUACAAGACAUACACCUGAAAUACACUUGAAGAGAAUCAUAUGAAUGUGAUAAACCAUCA